UCCCAUCGGUCGCGUCAGCCGCGACACAAAGACGAUUUCGAGUACGACCGGGACAGGAGAAGUGGAGGGGCACGCCGAGAAGACUCACGUCGGCAUGGGGAUAAAUAUGGAAAACGCGGCGUCUCGAGGGACAGACUGAGCAGGCAGCUGCGAAGAUCAAGAUCACCUAGAUCGCCCAGACCUGACGACUUGCGACGAUCAUCUCCUUCGCGAGACCGAGACCGGCAUAGAGACAAAGAGCACCAGCGGCCGACAUCGCGACAUGGCCAUGACAUAGAUGGUGAAAAUGAAACAUCACGCCUAGCUAGAGAUGGACGGCCGGAGUAUUCUAAAGACAGCAGUCGUAGCAAACAAGUGGUCAAGUGUAGCGGCCCCCUGCCCUCCCAAGCUGACUCAUUUGCCGUAACGAACGGAGAGAAGCCCCUCAAAGAGAAAGAGAGACCAAACUUUGGAACGACGGGCACGCUCGCUGCCGUCUCAAACUCCAUUCAGCAACCAGACGGUUCCACCAUCGUGCUCAAGUACCACGAGCCGCCCGAAGCGCGCAAACCCUCACCCAAAGACAGAUGGAAGCUCUUCGUCUUCAAGGGAGCCGACAUAAUCGAUACCAUCGAGUUGAAUCACCGCACCUGCUGGCUGGUUGGAAGGGAACUUGCCGUGGUGGACAUGGCUGCCGAGCACCCAAGCAUAAGCAAACAACAUGCCGUUAUCCAGUUCCGUUAUCUCGAGAAGAGAAACGAGUACGGUGACAAGAUCGGUAAGGUCAAGCCGUAUCUGAUCGACCUCGACAGCGCCAAUGGUACCAUGAUCAACAAGAAGAAGAUGCCAGAGACCAGAUAUCUUGAGCUGAGGGACAAGGACCUGAUCCAGUUUGGCCAAAGCACUCGAGAGUAUUUGCUGAUGCGGGCACCAAAAGACUGA